AUGACAUGCAAAAUCUAAAUAGAUUUCAAAAUCGAACUAACGAAAUCAGUGAAGAUGUUGGAAAAAUUCGAUAUACAAGAAAAUUUCAUUCACGACAAAAAUUCGAGUUCAUCGCAAUUUUUCACAUUACCAGUUAAAUUUUAGUUAGUUUUAGUCAAACUAAGGAUUCUUACACAAAGUAUUUGAAAAAAAUCAACAAUGUAUGUUUUCAACAUUGAGAAAAUCAGAUUCUAAUCAAGUUCAUAAGUAAAAAACUUUUUUAAUUGAGAACAGUUCAAUACUGUUUAAAACAAAUGAGAAGGACUCAUUUCAAUGACAUUGAUGUUUAUUUUUGCUUCAUACUUCUGUUUCAUUUCAGUACCACUACGUGCAAGUUCCAUUGAUAUUCAUCCAAAUGCAAAAUGGUCACAGAAUGGUCUCACUGUUGCUGGAGGAAAUGGAUGGGGCAGUGAACUCAAUCAACUCAAUCAUCCAUUUGGUUUGUACAUCGAUGAUGAUCAAACGAUUUAUGUCGCUGAUCGGGGUAAUCACCGUAUUGUGGAAUGGAAAUCUCGUGAAACGAAUGGAAAAGUAGUUGCUGGUGGAAAUGGAGAAGGGAAUGGAACUAAUCAAUUAAACCUCCCAUAUGAUGUGAUUAUCGAGAAAGAGAGCGAUAGCCUCAUCAUCAGCGAUCAAGGGAAUAGCAGAGUAGUUCGAUGGCCUCAUCAAAAUGGUACUCGUGAAGAAACAAUUAUUUCAAAUAUCACUUGCGACGGUUUGACAAUGGACGACAAUGGUUCUCUCUAUGUCGUUGACGUUGGAAAACAUGAAGUGAGACGAUAUAAAAUUGGUGACACUAAAGGAACAGUGGUUGCAGGUGGCAAUGGAAAAGGAAAUCGUCUCGAUCAACUUUCUGAACCCCUCUACGUAUUUGUCGAUCGAGAACAUUCAGUUUAUGUGUCUGAAUAUGAAAAUAACCGUGUAAUGAAAUGGAAAGAAGGUGCAAAACAAGGCAUUGUUGUAGCCGGUGGUCAAGGAAAAGGAAAUAGUCUUACACAAUUGAAUGGUCCUAAUAGAGUCGUUGUGGAUCAGUUGGGUACUGUCUAUGUGACUGAUUGUUGGAAUAAUCGAAUCAUGCGUUGGCCAAAAGAAGCCACACAAGGAAGUGUCAUUGUUGGUGGAAACGGUAGAGGAGCACAGUCGAAUCAGAUCGCUUAUCCCAUAGGUUUAUCAUUUGAUCGAUAUGGCAAUCUCUAUGUCGCCGAAUGUGGAAAUAAUCGAGUACAAAAAUUUAAUAUCGAAUGA